UCUCAGAUUCAGCAUUCACCAGUUCAAUUCACUUCGGGCGCACAAACUGCGGAGGCUGCUGCCAUGGGUUCUUGGGUUCGCACCAUCACCUCCCCCUUCAGGAAGGCUUGCACCCUCAUCAAUCCGCCCAGACAGAAGAAUCCCCAACCAGAAGCACAUGAUCCCCACCGAAUGGCUCUUCACGGCGAGGUGAUGGCCUGCUCCUACCAUGACGUCCAGGUGAUGUGGUCCAUCCUCGACAAGUCCAACCCCGGAGAACAUGGCCGACGCUGAGGAUUCCGAGUCUUUGAGACGCUCUUCGUGUGUAAAUUCUAGCUUAGGUGCUCGGUAACGGAGGAGACACCACAAGUUACUGUACUGGUAAUCCCCAUGGCGUCAUGCUCAUGGCGAGAUUUAGUUGAACUAGAGCGCGCAGUUUAUCACUAUCAAUCUCUCUCUGCACUUAAACGUAGAAUCUACGGGAAGUUUAGGACAAGCAAGAGGAAUUAAUUUAUAAGAAGGAAUGAUGAUUGUCUUCUCCAUUGUCCAGUAGAGACGACUUCUCGUAAGAACAGUGUACAUGCUAUGUUCUUUGAUGGAGAAGAAGAAUAAAUAUUUGGAUUCUCCUGUGAAGCCAAAGGCAUCUCAUACGCCACAUGAAGCUCUAGGUCUCUGUUUCUGUCUGUGUGCAUUCAUGUACCGGACAUGUCGCCCUGUCAAUGCAUGGUGGCUUUCGAUUGACAUCUAACAGGCCGAGUUGACAGGAAAAAAUUACCACAUUCCUUGCGUGUACAUUCCUCCAUUGUUUGAUCCAUGAGAAUAAUACCU